AUGCAUACCAAGGAGCAGAUGUUGGACUUACUAGUGUUGGAGCAGUUCCUGACCAUCCUACCUGAGGAGCUCCAGGCCUGGGUGCAGAAGCAUCAUCCUGAGAGUGGGGAGGAGGCAGUGGCUAUGCUGGAGGAUCUUGAGAGGGAGCUGGAUGAACCAGGACAGCAGGUUUCAGCUGAGCCCUGUGCACUGGAAGUGCUUUCUGAGACAUCAGUCCCAUCAGUGCCAGCUAAGGAAGCAAGACAUCUCCGGCUUCAACCCCUGAAGACCCAGCUUAAGAGGAAAUCUCAGAACCAAUACCAUCAGUAUUGUGAUGAUACAAUCAAAACUGAUGAAAGGAAGUUGACUCAAAAGCAAGAACUUACUGUAGAUGUGGAAUCCCAAGAAAAGAUACCUGGCCAAGCCAAUAGACAGAGUGCUGAAUGUGGAGAGACCUGGGAACAUGAAAUAUGGUUGGAAAGACAUCAGAGAAACACUUCAACUGAGAGACUACAUAAGUGUGAUGAAUGUGGGAAAAGGUUCACUCAAAAGUCAAGCCUCAUUAGACAUAAGAGGAUCCAUACUGGAGAGAGACCUUUUUCUUGUAAUAAAUGUGGCAAAGCUUUCAUACAAAGCUCACAACUUAUUGACCAUCAGAGAAUGCACAACCAAUUAAAACCCUACCAGUGUGAUGAGUGUGGCAAAGCCUUUUUUUACAGUUCACACCUUGUUCAGCAUCAAAGGACCCACACUGGAGAGAAACCUUUCCAAUGCAAUGAGUGUGGGAAAGCUUUUCAUUACAGCUCAGGCCUUAUUAGACACCAGAGGACCCACACUGGAGAGAAACCAUACCAGUGUAAUGACUGUGGGAAAGCCUUCUGCUUGAGCUCACAUCUGAUACAACAUCAGAGAGUUCAUACUGGAGAGAAGCCAUACCAGUGCAGUGAAUGUGGGAAAAGCUUCAGUCAGUGUUCAGGCCUCUUUCAUCAUCAGAGAAUUCAUAGUGGGGAGAAACCCUAUGAAUGUGAUGAGUGUGGAAAGGCCUUCAGUCAUAGUUCAGCUCUUUUUGGACACCAGCGAAUCCAUAGCAGAGAGAGGCCCUAUGAGUGUGACAUGUGUGGGAAAGCUUUCAGUUACAGCUCACAUCUUCUGGGACACCGAAGAAUCCACAGUGGAGAGAAGCCCUAUGAAUGCAAUGUGUGUGGAAAAGCCUUCCGGCGGAGCUCACACCUCAUUGUACAUCAGCGAAUCCACACUGGAAAAAAGCCCUGGUGA